GCCACUACUGCCGCAAAACGAUAUUCUCAUUUCUCAUCACUUCUCUCACUAUCUUUAUUAGACCAUCGGUUUUUCUUUCCAUGUUCUCAUCUAAUAAUAGACUUCUCUGAAAUUCCGGGAAUCUUUUCUUUCUGCCACCGCCCAUACUCCUCCCAAUCCCAUCACCCACCCGUGAUCUUCAAAAUUCCUUUGCUUUUUCUCAAGUCUCUGUGGAAAGCAGCUGCAAAUACCAUUCUUUUCCCUUCUGAUCGUGGAAUCCGCUGUAAACCCAAAUCUCUCCUUUGCCGACUUCCGGAUGUUCUGUUGAUUCCCCCUGAUUCAGCUAUAAAUUGGUGAAAUUCUGUUUUGCUUAGUUGUGGUUUUUCGAAUUCGAGCUUCUGGGUGGAAAAUUAUUCUUGUUUCCAGUUUAAGUAGUGCUUAAAGGUUGAAACUUUAGCAGAUUUAAAUUGCAGUUCGUUGUAGUUGAGCUAAAAGGUGCGAAAUUAGAAGGAAAAAAUGGAGAAAUAUGAGCUUGUUAAGGAUAUUGGGUCUGGUAAUUUCGGUGUGGCCAGGCUUAUGAGGAACAAGGAGACAAAGGAGCUUGUGGCCAUGAAGUACAUCGAGAGAGGACUUAAGAUUGAUGAGAAUGUGGCACGGGAGAUCAUAAACCACAGAUCACUUCGUCACCCGAACAUCAUUCGGUUCAAGGAGGUGGUUCUGACUCCCACUCAUCUUGCCAUUGUAAUGGAAUAUGCAGCAGGUGGAGAGCUCUUUGAACGCAUCUGCAAUGUGGGAAGAUUCAGUGAGGAUGAGGCUAGGUACUUCUUCCAGCAGCUUAUUUCUGGAGUCAGCUACUGUCACUCUUUGCAAAUAUGUCAUAGAGAUCUGAAGCUGGAGAAUACCCUCUUGGAUGGAAGCCCGGCGCCUCGCCUGAAGAUUUGUGAUUUUGGCUACUCAAAGUCAUCUCUGCUGCAUUCAAGACCAAAAUCGACUGUUGGCACUCCAGCUUAUAUUGCUCCAGAGGUUCUAUCUCGGAGAGAGUAUGACGGCAAGACCGCAGAUGUAUGGUCUUGCGGAGUGACACUUUAUGUGAUGCUGGUUGGUGCAUACCCUUUCGAAGACCAUGACGAUCCUAAGAACUUCAGGAAAACUAUUCAGCGUAUAAUGUCUGUGCAGUACAAGAUUCCCGACUAUGUCCAUAUUUCACAGGAUUGUAGGCACCUUCUUUCUCGGAUAUUUGUCGCUAAUCCUGCAAGGAGGAUAACCAUUAAAGAGAUCAAGUCCCACCCGUGGUUUUUGAAGAAUCUGCCAAGAGAAUUAACGGAAGUGGCACAAGCAGCCUAUUACAGAAGAGAAAACCCGACCUUUUCCCUUCAAAGCGCGGAGGAGAUCAUGAAAAUUGUGGACGAAGCCAAGGCUCCCCCUCCAGCUUCUCGUUCCAUGGGAGGUUUUGGCUGGGAAGACGGAGAGGAAGAGAAGAAAGAAGGUGACGUAGAAGAAGAAGAAGAAGAGGAAGAGGAAGAACAAGAACAAGAAGACGAAGAUGAAGAGGAGGACGAAGAAGACGGAGAAGAUGAAUACGAAAAGCAACUGAAGCGAGCACACGAGAGUGGAGAAGUUCGCGUGACUUGAGCCCGCCCACCCACCCACCCACCCAUUCGCAUUUGCUGCUCGUAGUGAAGUUUUGAUAUCGGAAUGGUUUGUGUAAAAUUGGUUUGAACUUUCAGGUAUGGAAUUAAAUAAGGUUUGUACCUUUCUGGAGUCUUGAGAGUGUGAAUAUUAUUUCCAUAGGAAAUGGAAUGCAAUAUUGGAGUUGUAUCUAGGAUUGGAAGUGCAGCUUUAAGAAGCAAGAACUCUAAGACCUGUGUUUGGUGUUUCCAUUUGCUAGAAAAUAGAAGAAAAUUGAAUGAUUGUGUGGAAA